GACCACGUUUAUGUGCUAUGCGCAUACAACAGAAUGGACAAAGCAAUAUAUUGCUGGACAACAUAGAAUCAAUGGAAGCGGUUACACCGAUUAUAUAUAGAAGACGUGAGCGUCUCUUAGACGAAGAGUUAGAUGAUACGAAAGAUAUAAUCACUUCAAACUCUACUAGAUGCUUACCAAAUGUAGAUAAGUUAGAUUUAAUAGAAAGUGUAGAGAAAUGUAGCAAUAGUGGAACUGGUGAAAUUUUAGAUCCGAUAUGUGCACUAAGUGUAACUAAUGAUCUCAGCACAAGUGAAUGUAAGGCAAUCAUGUGCAAUAAUAAUGAGGUUAUACAUGUAGCUGGCUGCAAUGGAGAAACUAAAGGCGGUGGUUUACUUGAUGAAAUCAAUUCUCCUAGCUUAAUAGUAACAAAUGUAGAUUCUCAAAUUGAACAAAAGACUGGUAAAACUGAUAUAGAAAUGUAUAAAGAUAUAAAAUCAAACUUAUCGACUGACAAAUGUGCUGAACUUAAGCAAGAAAUAGGACUCGCAAAUCUAGUGGAUUUGACAAGUGAACUACAACAACAAUUGGAUAAAACUUCUUCAAGUUUCGAAAUAUUGCAAAAUGAACCUAGUUCAAAAAAUUCCUUAAAUUCAAAAUCUUGCACACAAUCCAGUUCGGUAAGUGAUGUUAUAGAUUUUCAAGAGAGUGUUAUAUUACGUAGACAGCAAUUGAGCCGUGUAGCCGAAUGGGUACAGAAUAAUACACAACAAUUAGAACAGCAGCAACAAGUGAUAAAUGCUAUGAAUCAUUGUGAUUCUUCAGGUACAGAUCGUCAGUCCUCAUUCUCUACCAUUGAUCAAUUAGAUUCUGUUUCUAUGGAAAAGUUAUCAAUGGACUCUGGUUAUAAGACUACACCGCAACCACAAACUAAUGGUUAUUCAGAUAAUCAACAAGAUGAAACAAAUAAAUCAACUGAAGAUUCAUUAUCACCCAAAACUGAACCAGUUAAUAAUCAUACGAAUAUUAAUAAUAAUAUUAAUAAAAUGCAACAAACACCGCCAUUACAAUAUCAACAACAACAACAACAGCAACAACAACCACUUAUUAAUACUGCGCAUACAUUUUAUCGACGCACAACACGAUCGGGUCUUCCAGUUGCAUAUACUACAUCUGAUCUCAUUACGCAUAACGGCAGUACUUGCAACAGUAACACUCCAACUCUGCCAGAGCAGCCAACGUGUGAUAUAUUAAAUUAUAAAUAUUAUCCCAGUGAAACGGAUAAGACACGUGCCAUUAAAGCGGAAUUGCACACCACCACGCAGAAUGUGGACAUAGCACAAAUGGAAUAUAAUGUCAAACAAUUUUUGCUCAAACAGAAUGAAUGGUCUAUGCACUGUUCCCGCACAAAUAAUAGUAAUAGUACCGGUACUAUUGUCUCGACAGGUAGUCAAUUGCACAGCAAUGGAAAUAUCGGUUUAGCGACAACACAGAAACUACAAACUACAGGUAAAAACUUAAGGCAUAUGAAAUUAUUUAGCGGUGCCGGAAUCGGUCCAGGUGUUGGAGAACGUGUACGUGUGACAACAACAACUACGCCGGCUCUAAACGCUAAUCAAGUCAUAGCAACAACAAUCACAGCGCCGAGUAGUGCUACUACAGGAAAUAAACCCGUGGUACACACAAUACCACAAAGAACUGAAACGAAUUUAUAAGUAGCAAAAUAUUUGUUAAUUAAUUGCUUAAAUAGAUAAAAAAUAUAUUAUAUAUAUUGUACUUUUAGCAUAGUUGAGAGCAUGAAUGUGGAUAAUAUAGACCUUCAGAUAUUCUAAAACCAAACAUAUUUACUUGUA